CACGGGUGCGCCGGCAGCGCAAGCGCAGACUCCAGUUUUUGCGCGAAGCAGGCGGUGGCAAUGGAGCUGGAGUCCCGCACCGUGGGGUUGCGGCCGCUAGGCCACCUAUUGCAGGCGGUGCUGGAGAACCGCAGCCAGGCCAACUCGGUGUUCGACAUCCUGGCUGUGCUUCAGUCCGAGGACCAGGAAGAGAUCCAGGAAGCAGUGCGCACGUGCAGCCGACUGUUCGGUGCCUUGUUGGAGCGGGGAGAGUUGUUCGUGGGCCAGCUGCCCUCCGAGGAUACGGUCCUGGCAGGGCCCCAGGGAGCCACUCAUAAGUACAAGGUAUGGAUGAGACACCGCUAUCACAGCUGCUGCAACCGCCUGGGGGAACUCCUGGCCCACCCCUCCUUCCAGGUCAAGGAGCUGGCCCUGAAGACACUGAUGAAGUUUGUGCAGUUGGAAGGUGCACAGCCCCUGGAGAAGCCCCAGUGGGAAGGCCAGUACCUCUUCCCCCGCAUGCUUUUCAGGGCAGUGGUGAGAGGCCUACUUUCACCUGAGGACGACUGUAGCCUGCUCCUCUCCCAGUUCUGCGAGUACUUGGAAUAUGAUGAUAUCCGCUACCAUACAAUGCAGGUGGCCAUGGGCAUCAUGGCCCGGGUCAUCAGCCAGCAAGCUGAGGUGUCUACCACCUUCUGGAAUAAUUCCUUCUUCUUGUUGUCUGCCAUGAGUCUGCCCCACCAGGAGUGUGACCUCACCAACUUCUAUGUGAAGCACACACAACCAUCGGACAAAUGGAAGGUUGUUCACCUAAAGGAACACAGGAAAGCAUUCCAAGAGAUGUGGCUCAGCUUCCUCAAACACAAGCUACCUCUCAGCCUCUACAAGAAGGUGCUUGUGGCCAUGCAUGACUCCAUCUUGCCCCAUCUGGCCCAGCCGACUCUCAUGAUCGAUUUUCUCACCAGUGCCUGCAACAUGGGUGGUGCCAUCAGCCUCCUAGCCUUGAAUGGACUUUUCAUCCUGAUCCACAAGCACAACUUGGAAUACCCUGACUUCUACAAGAAGCUUUAUGGCCUUCUGAACCCAUCCAUCUUCCACGUCAAGUACCGAGCCCGUUUCUUCCACCUGGCUGACCUCUUCCUGUCUUCCUCUCAUCUUCCUGCGUACUUGGUGGCUGCCUUCGCCAAGCGCCUGGCACGCCUGGCUCUGACAGCACCUCCUGAGGCUCUGCUUAUGGUCCUGCCCUUCAUCUGCAACCUGCUACGCAGACAUCCUGCUUGCCAUUUGCUGGUACACCGUCCACAGGGCCCAGAGCUAGAUGCUGACCCUUAUGACCCAAUGGAGGAGGACCCAGCUAGGAGUCGUGCCCUGGAGAGCUGCCUGUGGGAACUGCAGACCCUUCAACAGCAUUACCAUCCCGAGGUGUCCAAAGCCGCUACAGUAAUCAAUCAGGUGUUGACUGUUCCUGAGGUCAGCAUUGCACCACUGCUGGAGCUUACUGCAUAUGAGAUCUUUGAGAGGGACCUGAAGAAGAAGGAGCCCAAGUCGGUGCCACUGGAGUUCAUACCAGCCCGGGGUCUGCUGGGACAACAUGAUGACCUCUGUGCCCAGCUCUUCACACUCACCUGACCCUGGCUGCCUGUCAUUCCAUCCCCAAUCAAAUAACUUUUUACUUUUGGAACUGGAUCUCACUAUUGUAGCCCAGGCUGGCCUGGUACUUGUAAUUCUCCCGCCUCAGCCUCCACAGUGCUGGAAUUACAGGUGUUUGCCACAGUUUCCAGAUUCAAAUAAAUAGUUUUGUUGGAA